GCGCGACCUCGCCAGCACUACAUACCAAAGGUUGUGAGUGACCAUAAUGUCGUGGGUGGUGUGGUGCGCCGCCGCCGCGCUCUGCGCCUGCGCGGUCGCUGAGGAGAAGCGUGCUGAAAUGUCCCCCCUGCCUUUCGUGCUCGGAUCACGUUACGGCCGCUCGCCAGGCCCGGCCGGCACUCAGCGUCUACUAGCCCCGAGAAAUGAUAGGUUCUUCAUGGGCAGCCGUUACGGCAAGCGUUCAGAGCCGGACAUAGCCGCGCCGGGAAGCCACGUGCGUCCUCUGCUCUGCGAGUACACAGGAGUGUCUCAACUGUACCGGUGCGAACGAGCCCCGCCUCUCGACAGGAGAAGCUCUGAUGAAGUAGAAGACUAAUCCCCCGCCGACCCCGCUCCCCGCGCCUCCCGUCACCAUUCGGCUGACUCUGACUCCCCACAACACAACUGAUCAAUAGAGUCUAAGGUUACUAAAUGAGUAUUUGCUAACUUUACUCCUUAAAAUGGACUGCUGAACAUAUGUAGUCAUAAAUGAGUCAUUUGAACAAUUCUGUAAACACUUUUUGGUUCAUCAAAUGGUUGUUUAAUGGACUCCUAAACGUAUCAAAUGAAUAUUUAUAUUUAACCGACUUUUACUCCUUAAAAUGGAACUUCUGAACGUCAUGAAUGAGUUAUUUGAACUGUAGACUUUUUGACAAUGUCAAAUGGUUGUUUGAUGGAUUCCAGAACGUAUCAAAUGUAUCUUUUAGAGGUUCUGUAGACACUUGCAUGUCAAAUUAUUCAAGAUGUACCUUACGAUGCUGUCAAUUAAUAAUAUCCAGGAGUCUCCAAAAUCUGGUCCGAGAAGAAUCCCAAUACAAUAAAAAUCUAAAUACACAUGAGUAAAACAGCAAAAUCUUUAUAGUACAGACAAUUACUGGUGGCCCAAGAGGGGAAGACUCAAGAUUUUAAUAAAAUAAAUACUUAAUACGUUAGUGAAACCGUAAAAAAAAAAUACAGUAACUGUAUUAUUAUUUUUGGUGGCCCAGGAGGGGAAAUUCACACAAGGUUUUUUGUUGAAGCCUGAUUCAUCAAUUAUUGAUCCAAAAUUUUGUAUGAUUUUUGGGGGAAGUUCGCACAAAAUGUCAAGUGGAUAAUCAGUCAGAUGGUGGCGGAAGCAUGCGAUUGGUGGCUCCUGGAGAGAUCUGUGCUAGGAUAAUCAAUAUUAGAUAAGAACCCUUUGGAACCCAACCCCUGCUGCAUAUUGCUCGUUUACUAUUAUAAAAACAUUAUAAAGAACAUAGUAAUUAUAUAAAUGGAGAAGCAAAUCUUGUCACGAAAAAAAGGCGCGAAAUUCAUUUUUUUAUGGGACGGUAAACCUAUACCCUUGCAUUUUCCAAAUUUGUCGUAUUUUUUAGUGUCUAGAUUUACUUGAUCGUCUUCUAUGUCUAUGUUCAGUGUGUUAAAUCAUAAUACAUAUUUAUAUAGUAUUGCUAUACUUCAACAAAUAAAUCACUUAUUAACUUCGUUGAAAUUUGGAUACAAUUGAAUCUGAAUGGCAUUGUCAUAGGGCAAUGGUAUACAAUGAUAGAUCUUAAUAGGCACUAAACUAAAAUACACUAAAAAUAUGAUACUUAUACGCUCUGAGCUUUAUUGCGAUGAACAUGAUUAGAUUAUAUUUAUUUCUUAUUGAAAAUUACAUGUUAUUUUUACUUUAAAAUAUCACUAAUCCACAAAAAGAUGGCCACAACAUAAUACUAAGAAAAUAAUUAAAAACAAUAUGGUGUAGUAUAUAUAAUAAAGUUCAUAUAUUUUGAACUUUGUAAGUAAGUGAGCGUGGUUUGGGGGUGAAGGCUGGGCACCCCCGGUAUCAGCGCGGGUUGGGGGGUAAAGAGGGGACAUACGAUGGUCACUCUUGACUUACUGGUCAGUUAUAUGUAUAUUUUGUUGCCAUUUUGGAGGACCGUGGGAAAGUGAAGUAAAAAUGAAAAAUCUCUACGAAUUUACUCAUUAAUCUAUCCCAUAUUCCUUAUAGAUAUAAUCGGUAUAUGUAUUUUGUAUGAAUAUAUCGAUGAAAAUCGAUUAAGUAAUAUUUAUAACGAUUUGCAUCAAACAUUUGAACGAGAGUGACACUGCUCGCUUUGCUCGCUUCAAAAUGAAAUUAAUUAAUUUACUUCUUUAUAAAUUAUAAGCCAGAAGUGACCAGAAUAUGUAUGUUAAAAUAAGUAUUAUUAGAUAAAUUAUAAAAUGUUUAUUAUAAGCAUCAUGUUAGAUACUUGUUACUAUAAUACGGGCGGGUGCCUCGGCCAUCGUCUCUCCUUGUUUCGCAAUAUGACUUGUAUUAUGUUCGUCGAUGGCCCGGCGCCCGCCUGGCGGGUCGCUAGCCUCGGCGUCGCGGCUGCGACGCGCUGCCCAAUGGAAGGACUCUGCAAAUAUUUGAAUAAAUCGGAAUCAAACCGUA